UUUUAAAUAGUGAUAACAGUGUUAAAUUUAGAGUAGGAAUUUCCUUUAUUUGUUACUAUUAAAAGCUGAGACGGUUAUAUCGGUGUAUUUUAAUUUAACUUUUUAAACAUUAUAAACAUUAUUGUUUAUAAAUCAUGUAUUUUCAAAACCGAAAUAUAAUUAAAUAGAUAAACAAAUUAUAAAUUGAAAGAAUGAGAACGACAAAGAACGAUUAGGUUAAUCACCUUUCAACUUACAAAGAGAUUGGUUGUGAGAGAAAGAUUUCACUUACACUGAACAGAUGGCGGAUAAAUACUUCAGACUUGUGUGCUUUGUGGUGAAUAUUUGUCCUGAACCUUUAAGAGAAUUUUUCAUUAAGCUUGCUAAGGAUGAUCCUAGGACUUCCUAUACGGACAUUGAUGCAUAUUUGUCCCAAAGACAUCAAGAUGUGAUACAAUUAAAAAGGAAAAGAAAGGUUAGGGAUGAUCAGUAUGACUUACUGUAUCCUGGCAACGGCACCGCUGAUGUAAAUCAAUGGGAUGUGUGCCUGCUUAUUACAUUGAUUACGGAAAUGUUUGAUGCAAGUCUUCAGCCAAUGCAAAAAUAUCAUCUAAAUGAAAUUCGCGGGAUAAGAAACCAGUUGCAGCAUCUUCCAAACACAUCAAGCAUAUCCGACGAAGAUUUUGAUAUCUAUUGGGGACGCCUUGAUACAGCGACAAUGACUUUAGCUAAGGAGAUGUUCAACGCUACACAUGAAGCAGAAUUUCGCCAGAAAAUUUGUGACGCUAAAACUAGUCACUUACCAGAUCUUGGUGAUGCUUUACGGAUAUGGUAUGAAGAAACAAAUCGGCAAAUGGCGGACACAAUUCAGGAAAUGAAAAUCAAAUUAGAUGAAGUUGGAUCCAAUACAAUGGAAGCAACGUCAAUUCUACGGAAGGUGACUGUAGGAAAACCAGGGCAUGCAGGAGACAAAAACAAAAGAAUAAAAACUGUAGACGGCAUUCUGAAGAAACUUCAAGCAAGUUUUGAAGCAACAAUCAAGGAUUUACCAGAUAACUUCAGUGCGCCAGAAAAAGUGUCUGACAUCCGAACAAAACUACGAGAUAAUCAUCACGUGGUUGUAACAGGAAGUUACAAUAGUCGUUACUUUGAAACAGCACUUGCAGCCAUUAAAGGAAUGGAUUACGAUUACAAACGAAGUGUCGAAAUGCACAAGUCUUCGGAUUGGCGCCAUAUCGAUCCUGAAGAUGUUGAUUUGGUCCUCUGCAGAAAUCCGUUUGGAAAUUUAUCAUAUGAUAUAGACAAGUCCAAAAGUAUGGCUGAUAUAUUCAACAGUAUGAUGCAUACAACUAAAGGGGACGAUGAAAAAACGUUAGACAUCAUCAUGGUAACAGACUCGGCGAUUUUGGCGAAGUGCAAACAAUUCCAUGAUCAUGGUAUCCUCGAAGACGUUGUAAAGGUGUUCGAUGACACAAGCGAAACUCAUCCGGCAGAUCUUACUCUUGAGUGCAGAAAUCAGGAUGUGUACUCAGCUUAUUUGCCAGUUAGCAACAACUUGAAAGACAUGACCAGCAACUUCCUGAAGCAAUAUCGAAUCAGCAGCCGUCAAGUUGACGAAGAAAUCCUCAGGAAAACUAGGCAUAAAUUCAAGGCAAAUAAAGCUAUUGUGCUGACAGGACCUAAGAAAUGCGGAAAGACAUCAGUAGCAGUCGCCAUAGCUUCUUCUUAUAAUCCAUCACAAUGCAUACUUCUGACUGAACCAAACGAUUUUAAGAUGAUUGAUUUAAAAAAUACCUGUUUGGUAAUCAUUGAUGAGUUUGCAGGAGAGUACUGUUAUAGCAAGGAAGACGUAUACAAAUGGUACAGCAUGUUUAACCAUGUGUAUAAUGCCAUAACGUCAGGACAGAUGAACGCGAUAAUCACGUGCGAAAAAGGCAAACUUGACAAAUGCUGCAUGGAGAUUUCACCACACCCUUUGCUUGAACACAGAGUAGACAUGCCCGAACGUACCACUGCCAUCAAACAGGAGAUGAUUCCUCAAAAUACAGAACAUACUUUAGGUGUCGUGUACAACUCUCACGGAUCAGUAAGUUAUAAUACGGUUAUGGAAACAAGUCGUAUGGGAAUUGUGGGAGCGUUCAACACGCCUUAUGGCAAUGACAACCCGACGAUCACUCUGAGAUUGCCGCAAGGAGGAACAGCUCAAGACCAAGACAUCUCCCCUACAGGAAUACCAGGGUCAUUACAGAACUUCAUGACCAGUAGAAACCUAUUUCCCACCACUAGGAACAAUAUUGUACCAGCACAUGCAUUAUCAACAGAAAGAGGGGAUAUUGUAAACAACUAUGCCGGAUCAACAGAUACAGGUAUUGUGAUGGAAUUAAGUGGAAAUGAAAUAUGGGGAGCAUUAAACAUGCCUUAUAUAAACGGCACGCUAGCACAAACAGUAUCAACAGAAAUUGGAGGUGGUACAGGCCCGCUGUCUCAGUUUCAUGGACAUCAAAGAGUAGCACAUAACCGGGCAAACAUUCCAGGUGCACAGAGAUUAACAAGUUCACAUGUAUGGUCAAUCAAGGAUAAACAUAAGAGUAAAAUCCGGGUAAAAGGUGAUAGAAAUAAAUGUAGUAUCUAUGGUAGUUGCCUUUUACCUUCUGGAGAGAUUCUGUUAGUAGACAGGGUUAACCACAGAUUGAAGAAACUUGAUACCAGGUACCAGGUGAUCAGUGUGUGUGAUAUGCCUGCAGAUCCCUAUGAUGUUUGUUAUAUCGAUAACAAUGUAGCUGUAGUAGCACUGAGCUUACAUAAACUGCAGUUUGUGGAUAUUAGGGGAUGUAUGACACUUACCAAGUCUGUUGAUACAGGUCCUUUUUGUAAAGGACUGGCCUAUGGUAAUAACCAGCUAUAUGUUAUAGAUAGCAGCUCCGUCUAUAUAUACAGUAAAGACGGUAUAAAGCAGCGAAUUCUAUAUGAGUCUGAUAUUGGAUUCUUCGUAAAAAUUGCUCUAAGUGAUGAUGGGAGUUUGAUAUACAUCUCAAACUCGAUUGUAAUCAUUGACAGCUUAGACAAAAGAGGUGGACUUGAAACCAUUGACAGCUCAGGAAACCACCUGUACACAUUUACUGAUUUUGAACUCUGUAGUGCCAAUGGAGUUUGUGUAGAUGGUGAAGGUCAUGUCUUGAUGUCUAGCUUUUUUUCAAACAUGAUACUACAACUUAGUUCUGAUGGUAAGAAGAGACUGGGACUCAUAACACAAGGAUCUGAUUACAUAAACGAUACAAACACAUUGUGUUUUGAUAAAGAAAAUACAACCUUGGUAGCAGCUGGUAAUAAUGAUAGCAUCUGGGUUUUAAAACUACAGUAAAAACAUAUCUAUUACUUGAUCGUUAAAUGUAUGCAACAAAUAAAAGUAAUGCUUAUGGUAUUUUAAAUAGAUGUACAUAUUGAAAUUUAAUUUUGGUUUUGCAUCCUUACAUUGCCUGUAUGUUUGUGUUACGAGAAUGUGAAUGUCGUACAAAAGUAGGUAUUAAAAUGUUUUAAAUUAA